CCAACGGUGAUCUUUUCUGCAAGUGCUCACCCUGUCAGGCAUAUGACUGCUUGGCACUUGCUACUGGUGGCAGUUCUGGCUGGCACAACUUUUUUGGCAAUGGAUUCUGUGCUGCCCAGAUACGUUUUUCAACCUGUGAUGGAACGGGAACUGGGCACACACCUUUGGUCACUCCGCAAUCAGCUAGCUGCGGUGCAGACCACUGUGACAUGCCCUCUCAACGGUCGGCGCUUGCUGCUCGGAGACGCCACGGCAUGGGCGUCGGAUCGGUCGGCUGGCGGGGCGCCUCGCCUGUGCGCUGUUUGCGAGUGUGCCUUGGACAACGCAUCGGUAGAGCCGGAGGCGUCGCUGUCGUGCACGAUCCAUGACUGCCCGAUGUACGGGUGUGGCCCGGCUGGCAGUCACCGUGCUGAGGCCGCUGGAGGGAGCGGGGCGGAGGGAAGCGACGGCCGCUGGUCGGAAGCCGACCCCGAGCACCGGUGCUGCCGCGUCUGCGCCGCCGCCCCGGAUGUCAGCUCCGAGCCGCGGAACGUCACGGUGGAGCCGCCGCGGACGAUGGACCCGCUGGUGCCAGUCACGGCCGACAUUUACCCGGGCACCUUCCUGCACCUGCCGGCGGACCUGUGCGCCGAGGGACCGCCGCUGGCCCUCGUCUCUGUGACCUCCCAGCCGGCGGCGGCCGAGCGCAGGGCUCUGUUCCGGCGGCUGUACGGGGCCGCCGCCGCCGCCGCCGGCCUGCGCCUCGUCUUCCUACUGGGAGCGGAUGAACCGGUGACACACGCCUACAACCAGUUCGCCGACGAAGAGGACUGGUCGGCGGAGAGUGCAGCGACCGGUGGCGGCGUGUCGGACUGGGAGCGGCGGCGCGCUGUGCAGGCGGCAGUGGACGCAGAGGCGGCGAGGCACGGUGACAUUAUUCAGAGCGCCGUGCCCGAGCAUUACUACCAUCUGGCCUUGAAGACGGUCGCCCUGCUGGACGCAUUCAGGCGGGUGUGCUCCGGCGCGCGCUUCCUGGUGAAGACGGACGAUGAUGUGCUGGUGGACGUGCCGCUGCUGGCGGCGGAAGUUGCUGCGCUACCGGACGGGCCCGCCGUGUACGGCCGGCCGGCGGCCUCGCUGCAGCCCAACCGGCCCAGCCUGGCAUGGCAGGGGUACGGGAGCAGCGUGCGCGAGUGGCCGGCCGACUCCUACCCUCCCCUGGUGCUCGGCAACGGAUACCUGGUGGCGGCGGCGGCGGCGGGCCCGCUGCUGCGCGCCGCGCUCGCCGCCCGCUACCACCACCUGGAAGAUGUGUUUGUGACGGGCGUGGCGGCCGAGGCGGCUGGGGUGGAGCGCCGCCCCUGGGAGCGGCAUUGUCUGUACACCAGCGGUAUGGGGGGCCGCCGGAGAGCGACGACAGUGUGCGAGGUGGCCGGCUGCGCCCUCACCCACCGAGUCAGCUACGAGCACCACGCCGACCGGCUGCGGGCCAUCCUGUACGCCACUGAGCGGCUCGACACGGAGACGCUGUGUAGGAGCAGCCGGACCCGGCCGGCGGCCGGAGGGUGACGGCGCGGUGCGCCAGCGUCUGCCGCUGCGGGGGCGGCUCUGGCCCCUGAUACAGGUGCCGCUGAUGGUUAUGGUGGUUUAUAGAUCUUUCCAGUGCUGUUUUCUGGCUGUUUAACAACUUGUGAUACUAUCGGUAACAGGUGUCGUUUCGUGUG